AUGAUGCAAUCUAUGCAAGAUAUAGAAUUUUAUGAGUAUUCUUUAUAGCUAGAAAGUCUUUAAAAAUAAUUACAAUUAUAUUAAUAACAAAAGAAUUAAGAUGAUAAUAUUACAAAACAACUUAAAUACUUAGAAUUUUAAAACUUUAUAAACAAUGAGUUACCAUUCAUUAUUGAAAGUGUGGUAAAAGAAGAACAAUAUUAUAAUUAUGCAGUUUUCAGUUGCGUUGAAGGUUUGGACAAAAAGUCUUUGGCAUAGUACACUCUUUCGGAAAGUGUGAUUGAAAUUAUACAUGGUCCAAUUGAAAAUUAUAAAACACUGCUCAAAAGAAAUGGUUGGAGAGAGCAUGUAGAGCUUGAAUAGAGAAGGUAGUUUAGCAAAUUUUAAAUUGAUUCAAUUAUCAAAUCUCUUAAAAAAAUAAACAAUAAAAAUAAAAAUUUUGAAGACGAAUUUAAAGUUUCAACAUCUUAACUUAAGUUAAAGACAACGGAUGGGUUUGAUUGCGAUAUGCUUGUUGAAGAAUUUGUAAUAUUAAAAUAUUUUAAAGAUGAUAUUAUAGCAAUAAUUAAUAUAAUAAAAUAUUAAAUUGAGCAAGAGAUUAUUGAUUCUAUUUCAGUAUAUAGGGAUUUAAGUAAAUUGUAAAGUGAGUAAAGUUAAACUUUAAGAUAAAUGGAAUUAUAUGACAUGUCAUAAUAUGAAUAUUUUUUAGAAGCUGAAAAAUUUGUUAAAAAAUAUAAUGUUUUAUGA